AUGGGCCCUGCCGCCGUCCUGCUGCUCCUGCUGCUGGGGAGCUCAGGUGCAGAUGAGGAAAAACCAAAGAAUCUGCUGGAGUCAAUCUGUGGGCGGCCCGCAGUCACAUCUGGAAUCGCCUCAGGUCGAGAGGCCAACGUGGGCCAGUGGCCCUGGCAGGUCAGCAUCCGCCGGGGCUCGCUUCACAUCUGCUCGGCCACCCUCAUCUCCCAGCAAUGGGUGCUGACAAUGGCAAACUGUUUCUGGUCAACGGAUGUCACAAAAUACAGUGUAUUGGUGGGGUCGCUUCAGAUCAUUGGCUUCCCAGAUCCCAGAAUGACAAUUCCUGUGUCCCGGAUUAUCACCCAUCCUGACUACCAAGGAAACAAAUUUGGUGCUCCUGCUGUAGUAGAACUGGCCUACCCAGUUUCUUAUGGUCCUGUUGUCCUGCCUAUCUGCCUCCCCUCAUCUGAGGUCCAGCUAAAGAAUACAUCCUCCUGCUGGGUGAUUGGCUGGAGCUAUUCUGGGACAUAUCAACAUACUAAGGCAUCUUACACUCUAAAGGAGCUGAGAGUGCCUCUCAUGGAUCUGCAGACAUGCAAUAACUACUACCAAAAUGCAAACUUGACGAAUGGAAAUGAGUCCAUCAUCAGUGAAGCCACGAUUUGCUCUCUGAUCCCAGUGAAACACAGGGAUCAGUGUAUCGGCAACAGAGGAGACCCUCUGAUGUGUCAAGUUGAUGAUUUCUGGGUCCUGGCAGGAAUUGUGACCUGGGGAACAAACUGCAUUCAAACCAACGAGCCUGGAAUAUAUACAAACAUCAGUUUCUACAAAUCUUGGAUUGAGACAUCAGCCACCUCAUCCACUGAGCUUUCUGCUACACGCUGGAUGGACCUCUUGGGGCUCCUCCCUGUUAUGCUUCUGCCUCUGAUUUUUCUGGGACCACUCUAA